UGAAGGCCAUGGCGAUCCUCAACUGCCUGCUGGCCCGGCAGCUGUGCUUCGAAGACGCCUCCUGCUCCGCCAUCCUCGAGAUCAUCCCGCGCGUCUGUGGAUCCGAACUUGUUGCCUGCUCGACUGUGACCGUGACGAAAUGCCAAGCUGCCCUGAAGACCCUGCAAGCGUUCCCGUUCUUCAAGCCGACCUGCCUCUGCCGGGAACCGAACGUGGAUCCUGAGUGUAACUCCUUCCGCGACUUUCUGUUCGACCAUCCCUGCGUUUUCGUCAUGAAGAAGGAGAAAGACCCGUACCCAGUGGAGACCCUGCCGACCUGCACCUAUGCCCUGAGCGUCUGCCACAACGAGAAGGCCUGUUCCGUGCUCUUCGACCGGUUCAAGAAUGCUUGCAAGGCUCGCGACGGAGAAUGCCGUAUGGAUGACAGGGAAGCGUGCCGCGAAGCCUGGGCUGGUCUCCGGCUCUCGCCACUCUUCGGUUGCAUCUGUCCCAACACCCACAUGAAGAAGCGAUGCGACAGGAUCUUCGCGGUGGUCAACCAUAACCCCUGCGUUGUAAAGCUGAUGACGGACGGACGCUCCGCCAACCGAACCGGUACGGCAGUGACGUCAUGGAUCGGCGGUAUGUCCAUAACGCAGGACGGGAACCUGAUUGCGCCGGACAAAAUUAUGACCCACAUCCACCGAUACGCAAGCCCCCACUACAACCCCCACGGGCACCAUUACCACCGCUGGAACCAUGAGCCGGGGGGCAGCGAAGACCCCCUCUACGCGACCAAGACCGUCUACGGACCUGGAUACAUUGAUGAAAACCAAAGGAUUGCGAAAGAGAACGGUAAAUCAGGUGAUGAGAAGGUGGCGCUGCAGUCGACGUGUCACGUGGCCCUGGACUCUUGUAUCAAGGAUGGGGAGUGCAUGACGUCACUGACGCCGGUGCUGCAGAAGUGCCACUCCAUGGAGUGCGACAGAGAGGGAUGCAUGGCGGCGCUCCGAGGGUUCUACAGGAAGCAGGGCGUGAGUUGGAACACCGAGAUCGCGUUCUGCCUUUGCAAGAAAACUGACAACCGCGAGGACUCCUGUAUGAAUGCGCAAGAGCGUCUCCAUCCGUCGUGCGCACAGCGACCCCCCGUCGGGUCUCCCCUGCCCGCCUGCCACACCCUGGCCCAUGCCUGCCGUGAAGACCCUGAGUGCAGGAUCCGUCUCGAGAACUAUGAGCAGUGGUGCGCUGUGGAUGCCGUGACUCAAGGCUGUGCUGGGUCCCCUGCUGCCUGUCGGGCUGCAGUGGUGGCCGUACUAGGCACCCAGCUGAGAGCGGCCUGUGCUUGCCGUGGCACUGACUUUGCCCAGCUCUACGACUGCCUGGGCUGGCAGAGGCUGUUGUGGCUGAACCCUUGCGUUGUGGAAUCCCAAAGCGACUACCACGUGAAGACCUACGGCUCCCUGAUGACGACCACUGUGGCCGAGAUUGGCAUCAACUACAUGACCGUACCACCAGAGAAUGCCAUCAUCCACCGCACUACCACCCACCACAACCGGCACACCACCCACCGUGGUAGCUCCAGGGUCAUUGAGAAGGAGCAGGACAACCGCGAGCCGCCCAGCACUACGCAAUCCGAGCAAACUGCGGAACCAAAGAGUCAGCAGAUCUCCGAGCCUAUCGUUGAAACCACCACCGAGACCACAACGGUCGCGACCACGACCACGACUCGCGCGACGACCACUACCACUCGUACGACGACUACGACGACCACGACGCCGCGGCCCACGACGACGCUUGAGCCGACGAAGUACUGCAUCGUGAAGAAGCCGGAGAGUGAUGACCAGGCGCAGUAUAUCAAGAUGGGCGAAACGAGACGG